UGAAAAAUCUCCACGGCCAUUGCGCAGCUUAAAAGUAAAAGAAGCGUUUCCUUCACCACCGCCGCCUCCAUCGCCGUCGCCGCGCUUGGACCGGCCGUGGCGGGUGACGCGCCUCGCCUGGCCGCCCCACCGCUGGUCCGCCCCCACUGGCCGUGGCUUCCGGUGCAGCUUCGGCGCCUCCACCGACGGUGGCGGCGAUUACGCCCGAUUAAGAACGCGCCCUACGGGUCCCAGUAUUUCUCGCCUGCCUUCCAUGAAGACGAUUUUUCACUUUUAGGUAUCUUGAAUGGGUCCCGUGGUAGGGAGUAUUCUUCCAUCUCUUGGCCGUGUAAGGCUCGCUGAUCUUGUAGCCUCUGAAGGUCUUCCUCCAGACUCUUACAAGAUCUCUGUAUCAACACUUACACAAUCCUUUGCUCAGUAUUCUGCUGCUAUCAUUGAGUUACCUCCUGGAGACAGUGCUCUUUUAAGAUCGGGUCUAGAAUCUGCUCGUUUGUUUUUUCAUCAGCGUGCGUACCCUCCUGCUGAUAUGGUUCAUACAAAUGAAACCCGUGAGUGGUGCAAGACAUCUGGAUAUUAUGCGGACCCUCAACUGUGGCAAGAAACAUAUGAUUACAGGCCUGGUCUUACUGCAGCAGAGCCUCAUGGUUCAAUGGAAUUUCCUCCGGCUGGCUUGCCUGACAUAUUUGCAGUUCUUGGCAAGGCUGCCCGAGAUGUAUUGGAUGCUAUCAGCUUUUCUUUAAAUUUGCGCAGCUUUUCAUUUGCUGAAAUCCUUGAUAACAUGCCUUUAAGAAGUAGGGAGAUAUCCUCCUCAGUUCUUUCAGUAUGCUGUCAUUCAAGGCCAUCAUUCCAAGGAGCACAAAACCACAAUUUGACAGCACAGGAAGAUGGACAGCUGGUUAUGUUCCCAGACCAUGAGCAUCAAGUUGAUAAGGCCUUAAUAACUCUUGUCAAGUCAGAUAUGGCAGGAUUGCAUAUAAAAGACUUCCAUGGACGUUGGAUCCUCGUUGAUGGAGAUCUUGGCCCUCAAGAUGCAAUUAUUUAUCCUGGACUAGCACUUUACCAGGCAACUGCUGGUUAUGUGAGUCCUGCCAUGCUUAGGGUAGAGAUGGGCAAUUUGCAAAGUAACAUGUAUGGAAGAUGCUCUUUGGCUUUCAAGCUCAUGCCUAGAUCCAUGGCAAGUCUUAGCUGUUCAGAGAUGAGGGCAGCUGGUCAUGGAGUUGAAGCACAAUUCCAGAUUCCUAUACCAGUGGAUGACUUUAUGCAGAGGUCACACUCUACUGAUCAAUUCGCUAAACUUAAUUAUCCCAGCUAUGCGUUUCAACCUGGCCAAGAUGCAUCCAUGAAACCUCAUAUAAAGAGUAAGAAGGACAAGACGAGGUGCAAGCCUUUGCCUCCUUCUAAGAAACUACGUCUGGAGGCUCAGAGGGUCCUCAAGGAGCGUGUUCAAGAUAUUGCUGAAAAGAAGGGCAUAAAACUCAGGUUUUGUAAUCUUAAGGAGUGUGAGGGCCACAUGCUAUCAAUGGACAGCCCAUGUGGGAAUAUAAGAAUGGAGAUUGGAUGGCCUCCUGGUGUUCCAUUUGUUCAUCCACAUGACCUUCCUAACAAGGCGAAGCUUGGCUUCCUCGAAGCUUAUGAGCCUGGUUGGGCAGCUUCUCAGCAAGAUAUGGAGGAGUCAGUCUUCAUAACUUCUGAUAUUUAGGCAUCCUUUAUUGGCCUUGUGACUUCACAAACUCUGCCAAGAGUUCAACUCCUGCAGUCAUUGGCCCAAAUGUGCAAUGACCUAUCAGCAUGUAUGUCUCUCCAAAUCCCUGAGAUUAAAGUGUAGAGCUGAUUUAAUUUACCAACAACGACCUCGAAUACAAUGCAUCAGUUGCGAAGAAUAUAAAGCUGGCAUUCUUCUCUUUACAUGAUCGGUAUUGUUGUAUAUUCCAACCUCUGGCUAACCCUGCCUGCAUGAAACCAUAGAUCAGCUUUCCAGUCAAAGUCUAUGCUCAGUUUAGAAGAUGUGAAAGAGCAGAUCAUGUCUUACUUUUGCAGAUCUUUUAUAGUGCGGUGCCGUGAAAAAAAUAAGGUAAAUGAGAUUGAGCAGAUACAGAAGGUGAAAUUACCAUACUUAGUACAUUGUGGUGAUGAAAAUAAAUCAGAGUGACAGGCUGCAAAAUAUCGCCUCCCAAAUCAUGGCAGCCCAAUUCAGGCUUUUUAAAACAAAGCUCUGCUCCAUUUGAUCUAUGCUUGCCAUAUCAAAUUUGUAAGGCCUGAUAAUGAUCUCCAGAUGCUGGUGUCCUUCACUAAUAUCUACUAUGAUUAUAAUUGUAUUUGAGUGUGAUAUUAUGAUUGUAUCUUUGCACCUAGUUGAUCAGGAGAUUCAGGACUGUGAGUCACAAAAGUCUGUUGCAGUGAUCCUCUUAAGACCCUGCACAUGCAGUGGGUUCUCCAUUGAUGUUGUGUACAAGGUCUUGCUUCAAAAUGGAUAUUCUUGUUCCAAGCCUAAAUCAUUCAACACACAACUCCAAAAUGUAUAUUUGUCUUUGAAAUAUUAUUGGCAUGCCUGAAGAUGGUAUUUGUGCUUU